CUCCUCAACGUCGACUGCUCACCAAACUUGAACAGUCGCAUUUUGAUCAUGUCCACGGUCGCAUCGGCGCCGUCGACCAGCAAUUACAGUGUCUCUUAACAAACAUUUCAUACAAUUCAAACUGUAUUUUUGAAUUUUGCGCGCUUUAAAAAAAAGGGACGAAAUUUACCAAUGCGCGACAGUGGCACUAGUCGCCAUCGUUUCGACAUAAUUUAACUUGAAAAAGAAAAAGGCGAACAAAUAAAAGAAAUUCUGCAACAGCCUGUUGGGUUCCAUCAGCUGUGUGGAUGCGUGAGUUUUGCUGAGUGGUACGUGCCUCUCUCUCUCUCUCUCGCCUCCGUGAGCGUUUAAGUGUGUAGUGUGUGAGUGUGUGUGUAAUAUUAUUGUUGGUGCACGCGCACGCGAGGGAUUCUCUCCAGUCGUCUUGUCUCGGCGUCCGGAGCGAGGCGGUCCCUUUUCACACAGCGUGUCCCGUCCGUCCGUUUUGCAUUCGCAACGAUGCAACAUCAGAGGCUGACUUUAUCGGCUUUCCUGGCCGUCCUGCACUGGCUGCUCGACGGGCAGUUGGCGCUGGCCAAAUCCAACGUGAACGGCCAGCAGAAUUACGGCUCUUUCAGCGGCAGCGGAUUAGAUCAAGACGGAGGCCUACAACCAGCCGUCGGAGGACCGAAUGUUUGUCGAUCGCGUUAUCGCAACUAUUGCUGCCCGGGGUGGACGUUAAGGCCAAACACUGGACUCUGCAUCAUCCCAAUCUGUACUCGACCGUGUGGUGGACGUUGUAUUCGGCCCAAUGUUUGUAACGGGGGAACCAUUGACGGUAACGGUGCCAAUGGCGGUAACGGCGGAAUCGAUGGGAACUCGUUGACGUCAGCCAAUUCCUGCCCGAAUCUCUGCCAAAAUGGAGGCACGUGCGUCGGCAAAAAAUGCGUCUGUCGUCCGGGAUUCUCCGGAGAAGCCUGCGAAGAUGGUGUUUGUACUGAGCCGUGUUUGAACGGAGGACGUUGUAUUGGUCCCGACCGUUGCGCAUGUGUUUACGGAUUCACCGGACGUCGCUGCGAGGCUGAUUACCGGACGGGCCCUUGCUUCACGAAAAUCAACAAUGACAUGUGCCAGGGCCAGCUGCAGGGUGUUGUGUGCACUAAACAAUUGUGCUGCGCCACCGUGGGCAAAGCUUGGGGCCAUCCUUGCGAGCAAUGUCCGGCUAAAUUGGACUGUGACAAAGGAUUCCUCCGCAAUAUUCACAGCGGUCAAUGCGUUGAUAUCGACGAGUGCGAGGCAAUUCCGGCGCUUUGCGAAGGCGGUACGUGCGUGAACACGAUCGGUUCGUUCCGAUGCAAUUGCCCAGCUGGACAGGAGCGAGAUGAAGAUACCAACGAAUGUCGUGAAGCAGACGAAUGCCAGCAAGAGGGCGUCUGCGACAACGGCCAAUGCGUCAACACCGAUAACGGAUAUUAUUGCAUCUGUAACAAAGGUUUCAUUUCCAGCCAAGAUCGCAAACAUUGCAUCGAUGCUCGGCGAGGAAACUGUUUUACUACGAUCGGUCGUAACGGGCAAUGUCGUAACAAACUGGCCAUCAAAUUGACAAAGAAAGAUUGUUGUUGUGGCAUCAACAUGGGCAAGGGCUGGGGCGAUAAUGGCGUCUGCGAAAUGUGCCCUUUAAUCGCAGAUGACACAUACGCUCAGCUGUGUCAAGAAGCUGGACAUUUGAGUAAAAUCAACGAAUGUAUCCUGAGGCCAGACAUUUGUGGUGCGGGAAAAUGUAUCGACACUCCUGACGGUUACAAAUGUGAAUGCAAACCGGGUUACGAUGUGGGGCCAACGGGCAUUUGUGAAGACAUUGACGAGUGUAAAUUAAAGGGAUACUGCCAAGGCGGCCAAUGCACCAAUCUCGUUGGUAGUUACACCUGUUCUUGCCCACCCGGUUUCGACCUCAGCUCCGAUGGCAAACAAUGUUUAGAUCACGACGAAUGCGGAGAAACAGGAAUGUGCGCCCACGGAAUUUGCAUCAAUAUGGACGGAUCAUUCAAAUGCCAAUGUCAAGAAGGAUACGCUCUUUCACCAUCGGGUCACGCUUGCAUAGAUUUGGACGAAUGUGCCGAAAAUCCGCGUAUUUGCCUUAACGGUCGUUGCGAGAAUAUUCCAGGCUCAUUUGAAUGCGUUUGCGAGGAAGGAUUUUCUAGCUCAGCGGUCGGUCCAUUCUGUGUCGACAUGGACGAGUGUGGCCAGACGGGCAUGUGCGACAAUGGAAAAUGCAUCAACAUGGACGGCUCGUUUAAAUGCGUCUGCGAUUCGGGAUACAAACUCUCCUCAGAUGGAAAGACUUGCAUUGAUAUCGACGAGUGUAACCAAAAUCCUUGUCAGAACGGUAUUUGCAUCAACUCGGCCGGAAGCUUCAAGUGCGAAUGUCCACCAGGACUCGUUCUCGGUAUCGACGGACGGUCUUGUUUAGAUUCGAGAAGGGAUGUUUGCUACGCUCAUUUCCGAGAUGGACAGUGUUUGAAUCCAUCAACGUCACUCGUUACCAAGUCUAGCUGUUGCUGUUGCACAGUGAUUUUGGGUCAACCAAUGGGCUGGGGCACUCCCUGUCAAGCCUGCCCCCAACCUGAUAGCGAAGAAUUCGAACAACUAUGUCCCUUCGGUUCUGGCAAAACUCACAGCGGAGACGAUAUUAAUGAAUGUGCCCAAAAUCCAAACAUUUGCACGAACGGAGCCUGUGAAAACUUGUUGGGAACCUAUCGUUGUAUUUGCAACCCCGGCUACCAAGUCGAUAGUUCUGGCAAAACGUGUACUGACAUCAACGAAUGUGCUAUUGACAACCUACUGUGUGACGGGGGACAGUGUCGUAAUACCCCAGGGAGUUUCCAGUGCAUCUGCCCAACUGGGACACAAUUGAAUGCAGCCACUAACGUGUGUGAGGACGUUGACGAGUGUCGAGAGCUGGGAGUUGAUGCUUGUGCUAAUGGGCAAUGUGUUAACAUGGUCGGUAGCUAUCGAUGCGAGUGUGCUGAUGGAGCUGUUCUGGACAAUACUGGACGUGUUUGCAUAGAUAAUCGUAAAGGUUCGUGCUGGACUAAAGUGGUGGAUGGUCGCUGCGAAAAUAACCUCCCUCGACUCACCUUGAAAUCAGAGUGUUGUUGUUCUGUCGGUUUGGCAUGGGGAAGUCCUUGCGAGAUGUGUAACACGAUCGAGUGUGACUGCCCCAUCGGUUACGCCAAAGUGGACGGCAAAACAUGUACGGAUGUCAACGAAUGUGACUUGAAUCCAGGCAUUUGUAAAGGAGGCGGUAUUUGCGUGAACACGGAAGGUUCGUUCACUUGUACUUGCCCACCGGGACUGACGCUCGACGACACCGCCACACGUUGUAUCGAUCAGCGUCAAGAGCCCUGUUACCUCGAUUAUCGACAUGGUAUCUGCACCAAGGAACUGGGGGGUCAUUACCUCAAGAGUGUUUGCUGUUGUAGUAUUGGUAAAGCAUGGGGUCAUGCUUGUGAUUCCUGCCCUAAACCAGGCUCUUCGGCUUUCGAGGAACUGUGCCCGAAAGGUCACGGCUACGUCAACCGUAAGGACAUUAACGAAUGCACGACAUUCUCCGAAAUGUGUGACCAUGGUCGCUGUAAGAACAGCAUUGGUAGUUUCAACUGUCGAUGUAAUCAAGGCUACGCCCUAGAUGAAGAUGGAAUCAAGUGCAAUGAUAUUGACGAGUGUAACAUUAUGAGAGGAGUUUGCGGUAAUGGCACGUGUCAAAACACUAACGGAAGUUUCACCUGCGACUGCGAGGAAGGUUUCGAAAGCACCAUGAUGAUGCAAAUUUGCAUGGAUAUCGACGAGUGUUCUCGCACACCUGGGCUGUGUCGUGGUGGUAAAUGUAUCAACACUCCCGGUAGCUUCCGUUGCGAAUGUCCACCAGGCCACGAAUUGGCACCCAACCGACGCUCUUGUAAAGAUAUUGAUGAGUGUUCUCGUACAAGCGGCAUCUGUUCAAACGGUGUCUGUGAGAACAUGAUGGGCACUUACCAGUGCGUUUGUAACGAUGGCUACCAACAAACAGGACAGAAAUCUCACUGCGAAGAUUUGGAUGAGUGUAAUGUCAAUAAUGGCGGUUGUGACGACAAUUGUAUGAACACACCCGGCAGUUUCUCUUGCGCUUGCAGUGCUGGUUACAUGUUGCUGAUGGACGGAAGAAGCUGCGCUGACAUCGAUGAGUGCAAAGAGAAUCCACGUAUCUGUAACGGUGGCAAAUGCACUAACACACCAGGCAGUUACCUGUGUACCUGCCAGGGUGGAUUGACCACCUCUUCCGACGGAAUUACUUGCGAAGAUAUUGACGAGUGUACAACUGCUAGCAUUUGUCAAAAUGGUGAAUGCGAUAAUACUUUGGGAUCAUACAAGUGCCGCUGCGAGGAAGGCUACUCCGUCAAGGACGACGGCCCUGGUUGCACGGACGAUGACGAGUGUUUGCUUGGAACAUUCAGCUGUGACGUUAAUGCCGAGUGCAACAACACAGAGGGUGGUUACGAGUGCCGCUGCCGCGAAGGAUUCACCGGCAAUGGCGUCGUUUGCCGUGACAUCAACGAAUGUUUGACCAACAAUGGCGGUUGCGAUCAGGAUGCCCAAUGUAUCAACACGGAAGGAUCUUUCAAGUGCGUCUGUGACGCGGGAUUCAGCGGAAACGGCUACGUUUGCCAAGACAUUGACGAGUGCUCCAAUGAUCCCAACUUGUGCGAGAAUGGUCAAUGUCUCAAUUAUCCAGGUUCGUUCCGUUGUGAGUGCGAGAUGGGUUUCAUGCAUCCGGAUGAACGCAACGAACAGUCUUGCGUUGAUAUCGACGAAUGCCAAAUGUUCAGUAACCUCUGCGUGUUUGGCAAAUGUGAAAACAUUUAUGGCAUGUUCCGUUGCAUCUGCGACAAGGGCUUUACACUGGAUGAAUCUGGCGGAAACUGCACGGACAUCGAUGAGUGUGACAACCCACAAGCUUGUCAAUACGGAAAUUGUAUCAAUUCACAGGGUGGAUACGUCUGCCAAUGUCCACCACAUCACGAACUGAUCCCAUCGGAGAAUGGAUGCGUUGACAAACGUGUGGGCUCUUGUUUCGUGGAUGUCCACCAAACUCCAGCUGGCCGAAAUGUAUGCUCUAAUAAUGUCGAUGAAAUGGUAUCACGAUCCACUUGUUGCUGUUCCGUUGGAAAAGCAUGGGGACCACAAUGCGAAUUGUGUCCAGCUCCCGAUACCGAUGAGUUCAAAGCUUUGUGUCCGGCUGGAUCUGGUUUCAGGCCCAAUAUGAUUACUGUCGUUUUGGAAGAUAUCGAUGAGUGUUCAGAAAUGGAUAAUUUGUGCAAGAAUGGCCGCUGCUCCAAUACUUUUGGCAGUUUUAUGUGCACCUGUAACGAUGGGUACCAAAUUGACGACGCUAACGCCAUGUGCGUCGAUACCGACGAAUGCGCCCAGGACUCCUUGAUUUGCGGCGUCGGUACCUGCGUCAACACAGACGGAGGCUACCACUGCAUCUGUCCGGAAGGCUAUGUUCUCUUACCUGGAGGAAAGGAAUGUGUCGACAUGCGCAAAGAACUCUGCUACAUGAACUACACCAACAAUGCUUGCGGCAACGCCAUGAUGCAGCCGCAGACUCGAAUGGUUUGCUGCUGUUCCAUGGGUGCUGCUUGGGGCAAAAACUGCGAAGAGUGUCCGAAACAAGGAUCUCGGGAAUAUUUGACAUUGUGUGGUAAUCGACCUGGUUCCAUCAUUGAUCCAAUGACCGGUGUAUCCAAGGAGAUUGACGAAUGCACGCUGAUGCCGCAAAUGUGCCAGAACGGUAUCUGUAUGAACGUUCCAGGUAGCUUCAAGUGCGAAUGUAAUCGCGGCUUCGUCUACGAUGAAGAUGCUCAUCAGUGCAUUGAUGACAACGAAUGUAAUCGGCUGCACAGUCCUUGUCGCGGAAACGCCCAGUGCGUCAACACACCUGGAAGCUUUGAAUGCGCUUGUCCGGAUGGCUACAAGCUCGGCAUCAGUGGCAGAGAUUGUGCUGAUAUCGAUGAAUGUCGAGAACGACCUGGUAUUUGCAACAAUGGCGAAUGUAACAACUUCCAGGGUUCGUUCCAAUGCGUCUGUCGUAGCGGUUACACGCUGACACCCGGCCGUGAUUCAUGUGUGGAUGUCGACGAAUGCCAACGCAAUCCCAACAUUUGCAAUAACGGCACUUGUCUCAACACAUUGGGGUCUUACAAGUGUCACUGUUACUCUGGUUUUAAACUCAGUCCUAAUAAUGACUGCGCAGAUGUUGACGAGUGUCGUUUAUUGAUGGGCAUUUGCCGUAAUGGCCGUUGUCGUAACACUAUUGGUUCCUUCUCAUGCGAAUGUGCUGAUGGCUACACCCUAACCGAUGAUGGACAGAAUUGUCGCGACAUUAACGAGUGUACAGAGCUUCCUGGAACAUGCCCGGCCCCAGGCAAAUGUCAAAAUCUGAUGGGAUCCUUUGUGUGCUCGUGUCCACCAGGAUACGAACUGAUGCCCGACGGAAACACUUGCGCAGAUGUAAACGAGUGUCUCGUGGAUGAGAAUUUGUGUGACGAGGGAGACUGUAUCAAUACAGAGGGCAGCUUCCGCUGUGAAUGUCCCAACGGUUACGUCCUCAGCAGCGACGGCAAGAAAUGCGUCGAUGUCCGCGAGGAACUCUGCUUCAACAGUUACCGCAACGGAGGACGUGGAAGCUGCUCUGAACCGAGAAAAACAGCUAUGACCAAGACUCAAUGUUGUUGUACAAUGGGAAGCGCUUGGGGCAACGCUUGCGAAAAAUGCCCAGCUGAAGGAACCGCCGAGUUUGAGAAACUUUGCCCAAGCGGAGCCGGUCGUGGUCCAAAGGGAGAAGAUCUUAACGAAUGCAGUGUCAUGCCAGGUGUUUGUGAUGGUGGUGAAUGUGUCAACACCGACGGAUCUUUCCGCUGCGAAUGUCCUAUGGGCUUUGUAUUGGACAGCACCGGCCUUAAAUGCGUUGAUGAUAACGAAUGUGCCGUAUCCAACAUUUGCCGUAAUGGUACCUGUACUAACGUGGAAGGAGGAUUUGAGUGCGACUGUACUGAUGGAUUCGCUCCGGGUCCCAUGCAGAUUUGCGAAGAUAUUGACGAAUGCCAGGAAAUGGGUCACCAAUGUGCCUUCCGAUGCCACAACGUACCAGGAUCCUUCCGUUGUAUUUGCCCCUAUGGUUACUCAUUGGCCGCUGAUGGUCGUCAUUGUCAAGAUGUUGACGAAUGCUCAACUCCAGCUAACAAUUGCAAAUUCGCCUGCAAAAACUUGAUCGGCUCAUUCAUGUGCAUCUGUCCUGAAGGCUACACUCAAGUGGGCAUGACAGAUGAUUGUCGUGACGUCAAUGAAUGUGCUGCUAACGGCAACCUAUGCAAAAACGGUCACUGUAUCAACACCAAAGGAUCUUACAAAUGCGAAUGUUACGAAGGUUUCGAAGUCAGUUCUGAUGGCAAACAGUGCAUCGAUCGUCGGACUGGAUACUGCUUCCGUCAAUUAAUGAGUGGUAUGUGCACAACACAUACCAACGGACUGAUGCAAGUGACGAAGGCUGAUUGUUGCUGCACAAUGGGAGCUGCAUGGGGACCUAUGUGCGAACAUUGUCCCCGUAAGGGUAGCGAAGAAUACGAAGAGUUGUGUCUCGAAGUUGGUUACUCCGUUGACGGUCAUGAUAUCGACGAAUGUAACACGAUCCCGAACUUGUGUCGCAAUGGACGGUGCAUUAAUACCUUAGGAUCCUAUCGUUGUAUGUGUAAUAAGGGAUAUCGGCCGGACCACAGUGGAACAAGAUGCAUCGACGUAAAUGAAUGCGAGUUGACGCCACCACCUUGCAAGUUUACAUGCCAGAAUACGGAAGGCAGUUUCAUUUGCUCUUGUCCUAAAGGAUAUGUUCUUAACCCGGAUGGAGUCUCUUGUCGCGAUUUGGAUGAAUGUGCUACUGGCCAGCACAUCUGUGAGCACGAGUGCCUUAAUACAGCUGGUAGUUACAAGUGUAUCUGUCCUAAAGGAUAUUCACAAGUCAACGACAAAUGCAUUGAUGUCAAUGAAUGCAUUGAACAGCCAGGAGUUUGCGUCUCACCAGCUCAGUGUAUCAACACACUUGGAAGUUUCAAGUGCAUGUGUCCUCGUGGCUUCCAAUUGGACCAAACUGGAACACAAUGCCAGGAUAACGACGAAUGUAUGGACGACAGUAGGUGUGAGAACGGAUGUCAGAACACCAUGGGCAGCUACCGAUGUGCCUGUCCAGACGGUUACGUCCAGCAUCCAUAUUAUAGCCAAUGCAUUGAUGACAACGAAUGCCAGCAAAUGUCACCCUGCGGCAAUGCUAACUGCCACAACACGUUGGGAAGUUAUCGAUGCGCUUGUCCCGAUGGCUACCAAUUCGACGGGCAGUUGCUUGUUUGUGUCCAAGUUAGCAGCGGUUGCUCGAAUAGUCCAUGUGCCUUUGGAUGUUCUCCUAUAGGUAACAGUGGCUUCAGCUGCGGAUGUCCUAGCGGCUACCAGCGGAUUGCUCAGGGACAUUGUAUAUCGACUAUAACGCCAAUCAACAACGGUGGUUAUGGAGGAGAAGAAUACGGACCUAAUGGUUUAGAUCCUUACAACCAGUCCAAAGACAAAAUCAUCUCUACUGAAGGAUGCUUCUCGUGCAAGGUCAACGGCGUCGGCCCAAGAGGAAAACGAAGCAUUGGAUCCGCCCAGAACUUGACAUUAGACAGCUUCGCUCAAGAACUGAACACUAGCCAACCAUUAUCCAUUCGAGUCAAGCUCGAUCAGACCAGGCACCGCACAAAUAUUAUUCUGCUCCAACCGGCCCUGCGUAACAUGAAGGAGCACGUCGAGUAUGAGAUAAUCAAAGGUAACGAAGGAAAGCAAUUCGAGAUCAUGACCAAGCGCGGGGUGUGGAGUCUUCAUUUCCGACGCCGCCUCAAGGAACCGACCCUCUUUAACUUGGAGAUCCGUGCCGUUAAUGACGGCAGGGAGCAAAGUGAGGUCGACGAGUCACUUGACUUCCGCGUUCGUAUUCAAGUCGUUCCCUAAAGAAAAGAGAGUAAAAAUAAGAAUUUCUUGCCACGAGUGGCAAAAUCUGCCAAAAAACAAGAAUAAUUGAGAAAUCAUUUCUUGUUGAAAAGAGAAGAAAAACAACAACAAUUUCGUUUCCCUUUUAUAAUGUCACAUCCGGUGUCUGAAUAUUUGUUUCUUCCUAUACGUUCAAGAUGUUCAAACUUUCAAUCAAUACAGUUUCCUUUCCACCUUCUUAUACACUUUCCAAACUUACCAGAAUUCCCACUGCCAGUCCGUAAUUGUGUCUCAAGACACUUGGCUGCCAUCGAGAGUAUCCAAUUUAUCUUUUACGCACCAAAACUGCCUUAUUGCACUUCUGAAAAUUUAGUGUUUGACCAUGGGAUCAUAUGCGCUGUUCGCCCUAUAUCUAACUCCGAUGAUAUGAUAACGAUGUAAAUAAUCUACCUUGUGUUCCAACAUUUUUAACGUUUUUCAACUAAAGUAAUGUGCCUUUGUAGAGGAUAUAGAAGUCCUACUUCUAGAAUGCCGUGGCUUACAUGCAGGAGUGAUCCUUUUAUUUCAUCUUAUAAUUAACUUCUCUGUUAUGACCCACAUAAAAUACUAAUGUCCUGUCACCCAAAACUUGGAAGGCAUGCUAUAUAAGAUUCACGGAAUAGCAGUCUUUUCCUAUUCUAUCCGAUUAUUCAUACAUCUAUGGUGUCUGAUAAAGCAAACAAUAAAGACAACUAUCAUCAAA